GGCCUUGCGGUGCAUGAUCAAUCACAACAGUUCUAGCUAGCUAGGAACUUGGUUUCAAAGAAUUAAUCAGCAAAUUAACACAAUUUCAAUCAUCAUUCAAUUGUAUUCGUAGCCAUGUCAACCCGUUCCAAAGUAUCAACACCUAGCUCAGGUUUGAUCAGCCAUCAAACACCACUCCACGCACUCCUUGGCGGAGGAAAGAUUGCUGAUGUGUUGCUAUGGACAGACAAGGUAACAUCAGCAGCAGUAGUAGCUGGGUUCUCCAUUGUUUGGUUUCUGUUUGAAGUUGCUGAAUACAAUCUUCUUACUUUGGUUUGUCACACCCUCAUAGCCUUUAUGCUAAUCCUCUUCAUUUGGUACAAUGCAGCUGGACUAGUCACAUGGAGAAUUCCUAAAAUCAACGAUAUUGCAAUCCCAGAAUCCACCAUUAGAUAUUUCCACACAAAGCUCAACUUGUUCUUGAGGAAAUUUUACGAAAUUUCAACUGGCCAAGACCUGAAACUCUUCUUUGUGACAAUAUCUGGUCUCGUGAUCGUUUCAAUUAUUGGGAAUUACUUCACCAUUGCUAAUCUUCUAUACCUCAUGUUUUUGUGCUUCGUGACAGUUCCUGUUAUGUAUGAGCGGUAUGAAUAUGAGGUGGAUUAUCUAGCAAGUAAAGGAAACCAAGACCUGAGGAGAUUGUUCAGCACAUUGGAUUCUAAAUUUCUCAACAAGAUUCCUAGGGGACCUGUCAAAGAAAAGAAGUUCAUGUGAAGUUUAGAUGCUUGAAACAACAUAAAAUUAAAGCAGAUAUGUCCAGUAAUCAAUCUGUGUGCAUGUUGCCAAUUUAAAUGAGUUAUGGCUAUCAAAGAAAUUUAAUCUUUAAAUUAUUUCA